GUUGGAUGUUGUGUAGAUGUGUGUGUAGGUGUGUGUAGGUGUGUGUGUGUGUGCAUAAAUGUGUUUGUAUAGUGGUGUGUUUGCGUCAUUUACAGAUGCCGAUCACAAAACCCUUAUGUCAUUAUUAGAUAUGUGUAUGUAUUAGGUCAAAAAAAAAGAAUGUUUUAAAGAGAACUUCAAUAUUACAUCAUUCUGCAUGUGUAACAUUGUUCCUCAAAUUGUAGUUUUGUUGUUGUUGUUAAGGCUUACAAUAGAGAAAUUAUAAAGAUUAUCAACAAUAUUAUUGUCUUUCAAAUAACUUUUAUGAUUUUUGUUUUACGGGCUUGUUUCUAUUCUAUUAAAGAAGAUUAUUUAUAUUAAAAAAUCAUAUCAAAUCAUUAUGUUAAUGGAUGAUGUAAAACUUCAACAAUCUUUAACAUUUCAUGUAUCCCUACCAUCAAUGAAUUCAUCGGAUAUGGGAAUAACAGCGAAUAAUAACAAUACUAAUACUACUAUUACUACUAUUAAUACUACUAAUACUAAUAGUAAUGUGGAUCCAAUUUAUAUGAAUCAUCAUAAUAAUAAUAAUAAUAAUAAUAAAGAAAAGAAUUUAUCCACUACUUCUACAAGAAUACAAUCACCAUGUUAUGGAAAUAUUAAUUCAUCAACGAAUAGUCCUAUUACUACUAGUCCAUUAACAUUAGAUCAUUGGUCUGCUACAUUAUUAGCAGCACAAGCAUUAGUUAGAACAAAGAAAGUAUUCAUUGGUGGUGUUUCUACUGGUACUACAGCUGAUGAAUUAAAAACAUUUUUUAGUGAAUUUGGUAAAGUGGAAACAUGUGAAUUAAUGAUGGACAAAGCAACAAGUCGUCAUCGAGGCUUUGGAUUUGUUACAUUUGAAAGUGAACAAGCAGCUGAAAAAGUUUGCUCAAUUCAUUAUCAUGAAUUAAAUGGGAAAAUGCAACAAUUGAUGAGGUUAGUUACAAAUUCACUGAAAUUUUCAAUUAAUUUAAUCUUUAAAUUGAAUAAACCAAUUCCUCGUUUAUUUUAA